AUGGCAGCACAAGGAUUAGUCGUGUGUGGACCCGUCCCAACUAACAACAUAGUAGCUCCGUCGUCAAUAUGCCGAACAACAUGCCCCGUAAAUUCUCCAGUAACAACCUCUGCCCCGCAAAUACCUUAUAUAAUACAGCCUGUAAGCUUUAAAGUACCGACCACUGUAUCCCCAGUAAUAAAUAGCCCGGUAAAACAAACAGUAAAAAUACACCACCCGCCUGAAAGAAGUCGACCGACCGUUGCUGCCAGAAAGCAUGAAAGUGGCCACAAGCGUGACAAUAAUAUAUCCUGCGUCCAUGAGUUGUCGGAUGGUCUAAAGGUUCCACUAAGAAAUGCUCAGGCUCUUCGUGACCUUGAGAAUGGAGGUCAAAAUAGAGUUCGAGUUGAAAAGGAUGUGCAUACAGAAUCCGAUAGCGACCAAGCAUUAUUCGAUUCUCGCCGGGAGCCUUGUAAGGGCGAACAUAAGUCGUACAAAUGGCGCUUGAAGCUUGUGGUGAAAGAUGCUGAUAAGAAGAAUGGUCUUUUAUGUUGUAAUAAAACCGGAAUUGGGGCGGAAAAGAACAAAUAUGAAGCAUUCAAGGAAAGUGAGGGGUACGCCGAAAUAUUGAUAAUGAAAGAUAUGUUCAAUAAAAAUGAG